AUGGAGUCACGGUCACAUCUCAGCCUGGCCGAGCUCAACGCCGCCGCCCUUGACCACUUCGUCUACCAGCCCGUCAGCAAGUCGAUGAUCUCCUACCUGGCCGGUGCCGCCUACAAUGUCAUCGCAUGCGACAGCGCCCUGAUGCCUCCCGCAUCCGCAGAGGCGUACCGCCAGCAGCAGCUUCCUCCGACGCCGCCCAGGACACCCGAACCCCGCGCUGUCCGCUCCGAAGACGCCGACCUGCCUACGCUCGAGGCCUUCAUCACGCAGCUCGUUGUCUCCUCCAACGUCCAGGUCCCGACGCUCAUGUCCACCCUGGUUUAUCUCACGAGACUCAAGUCUCGUCUUCAGCCCAUGGCUCGCGGUCUCCGAUGCACAACCCACCGCAUCUUCCUUGCCGCCCUCAUCCUGACGGCCAAGUACCUGAAUGACAGCUCGCCCAAGAACAAGCACUGGGCUACUUACAGCCAUGCCAACAACGAUUUCUCCAACUUUGGCUUCAGCAGAACGGAGGUCAACCUGAUGGAGAAGCAACUUCUCUUCCUCUUGGACUGGGACCUGAAGAUUACCGAGGAGGAUCUCUACCGCGAGCUUGACCCCUUCCUGGCACCCAUUCGCGCCGAGAUCGAGGCCAAGCACGCUCGCCGUAUCGCUCGCCGUCGCAAGCAGGAGGAGGAGAUGCGCCGGAAGCAGGAGGAGAUCUCUCGCUCACGACAGGAGACGCCGGAUCACGCCCGCACUUGCAGCGGCUCCUCCAUCACUCCUCCUGGCCUGUGCUACAGCAGCAGCUACGGCAGCUCCAUCAGCUCCUACGCUCCUUCAGUAGCAUCAAGCCGCUCCCAGUCCCGGGCUACCACGCCGCUGGACAACCCCGCCGACGAGCCGUACAUGUACGUGCCCAACGGCAGCCUGUACGAGUCGCCGGUCGAGGUCCAUAUCGAGCAGCCGGCGUCGACUCUGCCCAAGCGGAAACCACUUCUUCCCUACGAGAUCAGCACCGAGGAGCUUCGCGACAUGCAAGAUGGCACCAAGGCCAAGAGGGCACGCAUGGGCCGUGGCAUGUGGGGCCGCGUUUUCGGCGGUGCCGUGACAGUGCGGUAG